GCGGCGGGCGUUACUGCCAGAUCGUUACAUGUAUAUCACCCACAAGCUGCCUUAAUGAUCGCCAGGCAAAUGUAUAUUUACAUUAAAAGGCGAUUGAUACAAGGUUUGAACCUUCCAAUCACCACUAAACUGCUGUAGAUUAUAGGUAUACUCGUAUGUACAUAUGUAUUGUGUCGGACUUCAAUUAUGUGUAUGGAAACAACUGCUGCAAGUAAUUAUGUUUGGCAAAGCUUUUAGAGUCACCUUAGACGUUGACUGUUGAAUGAAUUCUCUUAAGAAAUGUAUUAAUUUUGUCAACGUUACAGCGGUAGGCAUUUGUUCUCAGUUUGGGCUGGCGUGCCAGGACUGGAAGCCGACGCUGGUGGGCACCGUGCACAGCUUCGGCAACAUGCUGGGCCUACUGCUGCAGGGACAGAUCUCCGACAGGUUUGGUCGCAAGACGGCGGCGGUGGUGGCGGGCACGGCGGGCGCGCUGCUGGGGCUCACCAAGAGCUUCGCGACCAGCUUCUGGCUGUACGUGGUGCUGGAGGCGCUCGAGGCCGCCGUCGGGGACGCGCUCUCACCCAUGUUCAUGCUCAGUAUAGAGAUAGUGGAGAAGAAGCGCGCGGUUCUGUUCCAAAUGAUCUUAUUGAACUUCUACACGUGCGGCCUCAUCGUGAUGCCGUUCAUCGCGUGGGCCGUGCCCUACUGGAGACACUUCCUCCGUGUCAUCUACGCUCCCUGCCUGCUCAUCCUUACGUACUCCUUCUUCUUAGACGAAAGCAUCCGGUGGUUAUACAGCAAGGGCAAGAAAGAGCGAGCUGUCCAGAUCAUACAGAAGAUAGCCAAGAGGAAUGGUGUAGAUAUAGACCCCAAGAUGCUAGACAAGUUGGACUACAUCGAUGAAGAGAAUAAGAGUAGCGUGAGUGACAGGAAGCUGCUGAUGAAAACCUUUAAGUCUAAGAUCAUGAUGCAGAGGUUCCUGGUGUGCAUGGUGUGGUGGUUCACGAUCACGCUCAUCAACUACGGCAUGAUGAUCAGCGCGGUGCACAUCGCCGGCAACAAGUACGUCAACUUCGCGCUGCUCAUGCUCAUGGACAUCCCGGCCAACGUGUUCUACUGGCUCGCACUCUCCAAGUACAAGCGCAAGCUGCCGCUCUUCGUGUCCUUCAUGAUCGGAGGGAUCUUCUGCAUAUCGCAACCCUUCGUGCCUAAAGGGUACGCGUGGGCUGGUCUGGCGCUGUUCAUGGCGUUCGAGACGCUGGCCACGUUCUCGUACAACAUCGUGUACAUGUACACGUCGGAGCUGUUCCCCACCUACACGCGCAACUCCAUGCACUCCAUCUGCUCCGCGGUCGGGCGCGUCGGCUCGCUGCUCGCGCCGCAGACGCCGCUGCUGAUGUCUCUAUGGUCGGGGCUGCCGUCGCUGGUGUUCGGCGUGACGUCACUGCUGGCAGGCAGCCUGACGCUGCUGAUGCCGGAGACGGCGCGCUGCGAGCUGCCCGACACCGUCGCGGAGGCCGAGCGCAUCGGUCGCAAACCGCUGCUCAACCACGAACAAGAACAGACAAACAUUCAUCCUUAUCCAGAGGAUAGUGACACAUAGAAAUAGCAAGAGCAAGGGAGCAAAAUGCGCAACGGUUAACUGUUAUUAAAUAUGCGUAAUAUUUUUCUUGUUAAAGGUAUUAUUUAUUUCAAAAUACAUCAAGAAACAUUCCAGGGUCUAGAAGUUGACAUCUCUCGGGUAUUGCGUAGCGCAAUAAGACAGGACCCCCCCAACAGUCCACAAAUACGGAUUGUAACAGUGAGCACGUGUGGUGCACGGGCACUCGUAAAUGUUCCGAAGUGUUUACAGCAUGGCCCCCGCGGCACCGCGCCCGCGCACGUGUUUGUACAGCCAUGCUGACGGACACGUGUGAAGUGCAACAGUUACUACUGUGCAGAGAUAUACCUGCCGUUAUAUUAUGUGCGGUAAUGCCCUUUAAACUAUUCCUAAAGAAAAUUAAUUAAUACAGUCGAUGUCUGUAACUGCAGUCCCAGGCUGUUAUCGGCGGAGGCCGGCUAGCGCCGACUGCCGAGCCCUUAAUCUAAAGCUCUGACGUUGUUACGUAUUAACGAUGUUUACUCGGUAAGUGUUUUAAUCUAAUCUGCGUAAGCCUUGUGUUCAUAUUAAAAGCUAUCAAGUAAAGUGUAUGUUUGUAAGAAAGGCCGAUUUGUUAGUAAUCUGUUAAUGAAUAGGCCUAUUUUGUUGGAUAGUUUUAAAAAGUUUGGAACAUUCUAGAUAAUCCUCGGGGCUCGUUAUUAACAUAUAGAUGACAUUAAUA